AUGGCUACUAUGCCUCCUGCAACUGGUCCUGAAGAUGGCCAAUCUUCCGUCACCGCGACUUCAGCAGUCGACGAACAGACUAUAAAUGUGCAGGUCCUGUCACCGUCUAAUGGUGUAACCGGGCCUCUGCUGUUUCCUGGUCUCGCUGCCAAUACCACCGUCAAGCAGCUCAAAGACAAGAUUCGACAGAGCCUUACUUUGCGCCCUGCCGAUGAGAACCAGCGAUUGAUUCAUCGGGGGCGCGCAAUCGUGCGCGAGUCGGACACCUUGCUUGAUAUAUUCGGCGCAGAUGCGGUCCGAAACCCCGAGCAACAUACAAUCCAUCUAGUCAUUCGUGAUGUACACGAUAGUCAAACUUCGGCCUCGACCGCCCCUUCUGCGCCUCCGAACCUAGCUGCUCCUGGUCCAGCAUCAGCGCCGGCGCGAGGACCCAGCCCGACAGCUUCUGCUCCGCCGACAAAUCCUCCACGAGCACAACCACCUUUUCACGGUCAACCAUUCGGAUACCAGGUGCCUUGGCGAAAUUCGAUGCCUCCAACUUCCAACCCGUUCCCUCAGCCUCGUAUGCCGUCACCUUCUCCGACCCACACCCCUGAGCAAGCUGCGGCCUUUCAACACCAACACCAGAAUAUGACACAGUGGCUGACUAAUAUUCAACGAGAGGCCAUGGCAAGAGCACUUAACCAGAAUCAACGUACAAGGGCUCAGAUGGGAAUGCGUGGUGUUGGAGAUAAUGGUGCAGGGGCUGUUCCGACAAGUGAGAGAAGCGGUCGAGCGAGCCCAGCUCCAGGCCAAACCAUAUAUCGCGAGCAUGUUGGACCUAACGGGCACACCACCUACCAGGUUCAGACUUUUACAAGCUCUGGAGGAAGCGGGCAACAGGGUCACGGCAGUGCCGCUGUUUCCAUGUCACCAGCCGAUGUGCAUAACAUUAUUCGAAGUGCCGAUGUCAACCAAGCUACAUCAGCAGCCACCAGUGCAAUGCAGCGCAGCGCUUCUAGCACAUCUUUACACAACCGCCCUUUGGCACAACCUGGAGUGACGGCACCUCUUUAUCCCUAUGGAUAUUCUGCCAUGUCGAGCAGACGAGGGACUCCGGAGCCAGCUUCUACUCGACUUGCUCCCACGGCAGCUUCUGGCAGUUCUCAAUCAAGGCAAGGGCCCGAAGUUUACAUUCUCUCAUCACCUGAAGGCCCAAGAGCUUUAUUGUUCAACAACACAAGCUCUGAGGCAUAUUACACCCCACGACUACGCACUCAGACAAGCCUCCCUCAACUUCGACAAACCAUGCUCAACCCGUUACAGGAGUCUUUUAAUGCACAAAUGCGACAUAGACACCACCAUCAUCACCACCACCAUCCUCGGCCCCAAGUGCCAAUGCAGCAGCACCUGGGUCAGAUGCCACCACAAGCACAACCUCAUUACCCUCAAGGCUUCCGGCCCUUGGUUCAACAACCUAUGCCCCAACAGCAACCUGCAGUCCAGGGACAGGCUCCGGUUCAGGCUCAAGCCCAGGCUCAGGGUCAAGGCCAAGUACAAAACCAAGGCCAGGAACCAGAGGCCGGGGCGUUCAUGGGCCCCUUAAUGCACCGAGGUAACCCACCGAUGGGUGCACUUCCGCCACUUCUUAUACAGCUAUGGCCACAGAUUUGGCUACUGUUUCGUUUGGCUCUGUUUGUCUGGUUUUUCACUUCUCCUAAUGCGAGCUGGUCUCGAUGGUUCACUAUUAUCGUGGUCGCUGUCUUCAUCUUUGUGCUCAGCACUGGUGUUUUGAACGGAGUUCCAGACCACGUCUGGCGACCACUGGGACGACACCUCGAGAACUUGAUUCCUUUGGACCCAAGAGGACGGGGUGCCGCUGCGCCGGAGCAGCGUAACCAGCAGAACCCACAGCCUAGACAAGACCCUGACCCUACUGAGAUGGCAAGACGACUUGUAGCGCAGCACCAAGGCCAAGAGAAUUGGGUUAUUUCUCAAGUCAGACGUCUCGAGAGAGCUGGCCUCUUGUUUCUAGCAAGUAUCGCACCGGGUGUUGCAGAAAGGCAUAUUGCCAACUUGGAGGCAGCAGCGCGAGCUGAAAGGGAACGCAUAGAAGCUGAGGCAAGAGAGGCCGAGGCAGCAGCGGCGGCGGCUCAAAACGAUGAAAAUAAUGAAGCCCAGGCUGGAGAUGGAGAGGAAGCGACGACCACAGGCAUUGAGGCAAAUCAAGUGGAGAGGGCACCGGAAGACCGCGAGGGACCACCAGCAGAGCAAGGAGUUCAAGAGGAGAACCAGCAUGAUGAGAGGCAACCACUUAUUCAGCUGUAG